AUGUCGAAGAUCGCCGCCCCCUCUGUGUCCUUCAAGGAGCCCGCUUCCGAUGCCUCAGUCAAGACCGCCUUCGACACCGCCAUCACGGCCACCAACCGCGCAGAAGCUGCCACCGCUUUUGUAGCUGAUAACUGCGCUACGAUCGCCUGCGCGCAUCCCGCCUCGGGACUCACCGACGCGCUCGCUACUAUCCUGUCCACCUCCGAUAAGAAAAAGGCUGCCCAGAGAGAGGUCGCCCUCUUCAUCCUGGAGCGUCUCGUCGCCAAGUACGCCUCCGCCGUCGCACCGUAUGUCACUCACUUGCUCGCACACGUCCUUACCUUGAUGGCUGAUAAGAACUCGAAGAACGUUCAGAAUAUCUCCGGCAGAGUGGCCACCGCCAUUGUCGAUAUGCUCAACCCGGUCGCUAAGCGCGCCGUGUGCUUGUCCACCCUUGUGAACGGACUGAGCUUGCAGGCCAAGUGGCAGACCCAGGCUGGUGCCCUCGGCCUCAUCACCAAGGUCGCCACGGACGCCCCACACGAGAUUGGCUCCUGCAUGCCCGAUUUGGUCCCGGCCGUCGCCCCGCUCAUGUGUGAGUCCAGGGCCGCGCUGUCGGAGGGCUCAAAGCGGGCCAUGGCCAAGAUGUGCGAGGGUAUCGAUAACCCCGACGUCAAGCCUCUAGUCCCGCAUCUCAUGUCGGCUCUGGGCAACCCCAUUGAGGUCGAGGAUGCCAUUUACAAGCUUGCCGCCACCACUUUUGUGGCACAGAUCGAGUGCAAUGCCCUCGCUAUCACUGUGCCUUUGCUCAAGCGUGCCUUCCAGACGCGCUCCACUCCACUUAAGCGUAUCUCAGCUAAGAUUAUCACUAACAUGGCUAAGCUCGUCGAGCGCCCCAGUGACGUCGAGCCGUUUAUUCCCACCCUCAUGCCCGCCCUCAAGCGUGCCUCGGAUGAGAUUUCCGAUCCGGAGGCCCGCGCCGUGUGCGCCGAGGGUGUCGAAGUUUUGGACGGUGCCUCCAAGGGUGAAGGCAUGGCCCCGGAACCCCGAAGGGUCCAGAGGGAUACCGUCCUCAAGACUCUUGAGGAGAGCAUCGGUGGUGCAGCCGGAACCACAGGUCCCAUGUUUGAGGCCGCCCUUGACUUUAUCUGCAAGGAGGUCACUGUCCUUAUUUCCAAUCAGGCCCUCGAAAUUGAGGAGUGGAACGACAUGCUUUCUCGCUGCACCAAAUACAUGACCAUUGUCGACGAGGAGGAAGAAGAGGAGGACGCCGAAGAGCUCUGCCGCUGCAAGUUCUCCCUCGCCUACGGUUCAAAGGUCCUUCUCAACAACACUGACCUUCGCCUCAAGAGAGGUUUCCGCUAUGGCCUCUUGGGACCCAAUGAGUGCGGUAAGACCACGCUCAUGCGCGCCAUCGCCAACGGUCAGGUUGAGGGUUUCCCGCCUCCGGAUGAGGUCAAGACCGUCUUUGUUGAGGCUGACAUUCUCGGAGAGCUGUCCCAUCUCAACGUCCUUGACUAUAUCUUUGCCGAUGAGGCCAUCCGUGCCUGCGACAUUCCCCGCGAGACCAUCCAGAAUGUUCUCAGCUCGGUUGGUUUCACAAAGCUCAUGGUUGAGGGGUCCGUUUCCUUUUUGUCCGGCGGCUGGCGCAUGAAGCUGGCCCUCGCACGUGCCAUGCUCCAAAAUGCCGACAUCCUUCUCCUUGAUGAACCCACCAACCAUCUUGAUGUCAUCAACGUUAAGUGGGUCGAGGACUACUUGAAUAACCUCAAGGACGUCACGAGCAUCAUCGUUUCACACGAUAAGGGGCUAUUGAACAAUUGCUGCACUCAUAUCAUCCAGAUUGAAAAUCUGAAGCUCAAGCUGCACAAGGGCAACUUGACCGAAUUUGUCAAGAAGGUCCCCAAGGCGAGGACCUACUUUGAGCUCAAGGAGACCAAGCUCAAGUUUAAGUUUCCCAAGCCAGGAAACUUGGAUGGCAUCACCUCCAAGGGUAAGGCCAUCAUUAAGAUGGACAACGUCAUCUUCACGUACCCCAGCGCCAGCCGCCCGCAGAUUGCCGGCGUCACCAUUCGUUGUUCCCUUGCCUCACGUGUUGCUUGUAUCGGUCCCAAUGGUGCCGGAAAGUCCACUAUUGUCAAGCUGUUGACAGGGGAGUUGGAGCCCGACUCAGGAAAUGUGUGGAAGCAUGCCAACGCCCGUAUUGGCUACAUUGCCCAGCAUGCGUUCCAUCACAUUGAGAAUCAUUUGGAGAAGACGCCCAACGAGUACAUCCGGUGGCGCUAUGCGUACGGUGAGGAUCGUGAGGCUCUUCAGAAGGACACUAUGCAGGUGAGCGAUGAGGAGCUCAAAUUGAUGAAGACACCUGUAUCGUAUGUCUGGAUAUCUGAGGACGAGAAGGAGCACCGCGAGAAGCUGAAGGUUGACCGCCUCACUUCGCAGCGUCGCACCAAGAAGGGUACCAAGAACGACUACGAGUAUGAAGUCAAGUGGGAGGGCAAGCCCACCACGUGGACUGCCUGGUUGUCCCUGGACAAGUUGGAGUCAAUGGGAUGGGGUAAGGCUAUUAAGUCGGUUGACGAAAAGGUUGCUUCCCGCGCGUCUGCUUUCACCAUGCCGUUGACGGCUGCUAAUGUUGAGACGCAUUUGGAGAACGUUGGCCUCAACCGUGAGUUCGGUACGCAUUGCCGCCUCGGAGCCCUCUCUGGAGGCCAGAAGGUCAAGGUUGCGCUCGCCGCCUCCCUCUGGAACUGUCCUCAUCUCAUCGUCCUCGAUGAGCCGACUAACUAUCUGGACAGGGAGUCUCUCGUUGCCCUCACCUACGCCAUCAAAGCAUUUGAAGGUGGAGUGGUUAUCAUUUCGCAUAACUCCGAAUUCACUGGAGAGGUUUGCCCCGAAGUCUGGAACCUGACCCCCGCAACGGAAACUGAACCGGCCAGGCUCAACCUGGAAGGUGAUUUGGAUUGGACCAAGAACGCGGAAAAGGACAAGAUCGAGGUCAAGCAAAUCACUGAAACCACGGAUGCGUAUGGCAACACCGUCAAGGUGAAGGCUCGCCGCACGAAGAAGAAGAUGUCCCGCCAGGAAAAGAAGAAGCUGGACCGCAAGCGCGCUGCCCAAAAAGCUUCCGGUGAAUACUACGAAGGCAUUAAUGGAACUGACUCUGAAGAGGGAUUCUAG